AUGCACGUUAUUGCUAGCUCCCAAACCGCGCAAGGUGGUUAUCUUGCCCGAGAGACCUUGCUGGCUCAGCUACAACAGAUCAAUAAAGACUUUGCCGGAAGUGGUUUCAACUUUGUCCUUGCGGAUAUCGAUUGGACUGUGAAUGCGAGGUGGGACGUCAGCCCUAGAUGGGUAUUCUCUUGUGAUGCCAACGGCAACAAUUGUGAUGAGGCUGCUAAGAGGGAUGACGCGGAAAUGAGAAGGACGCUUCGAAAGGGCGGUUACAGCGCUCUCAAUCUUUACUUCCAGAACGGCUCUUUUGGAGGAGGAUAUUGCUACUUUCCUGCAAAUGCCCAACCGGGCAGUGAAACAUUCCUCCAAGACGGUUGCUAUGUUAGCAGACACGCCGUGCCUGGAGGAGCCGCUGUUGGUGGGAAUGAAGGCAAGGUAGCGACCCAUGAGAUUGGUCACUGGCUCUUCCUGUAUCACACAUUUGAGAAUGGAUGCACUGGAGCUGGCGAUGAAGUGAGCGACACUCCUGCAGAGCAGGUCAGGACUAGCAUCGGAAGCUGCAGAGUCAGUGACACUUGUCCUGGUCUGCCUGGCCAGGACCCCAUCAACAACUACAUGACUUACACGGUUGACUCCUGCAAGACUCAGUUUACUAGUGGCCAGAUUCAGCGCAUGACCAACGCUUGGAACCGGUACCGUGCUGGAAAAUAA